UUUUGAGACCAUUUACGUCAUAGUCCACUUGUCCGUUUCACGAAUACACAUACGAAAUAGUCCAAUGUAUUGUUACGCCUUUCAUUAUUGAGACUCAACGUUAGUAUUGGGGACUUCUAUUGAAAUUUGAAGCCCGUGAAUAGAAAGAGUGGACUUAUAAGUUCGAACAGUGCAUCUGUGCUUUUCUUGUUACCUAAGAACUUAUCAAUUGGGAGAGUUUAUAUGUAUCUAAAACCUAAUAGUUGUUUUGAAAAACAAAAUAGUGUGGAUACAGGUAGUGGUGUAAAUUCUGAAAUCGACGUGAAAGUUAAAGUUUAAUCACACGCAUGUUUGCGCAGUUUACAACUAUGCCGCAAAGGACGGAACUUUAAAGUGGCUUUAACGGUUUCGAAGCCCAUUUAUAAGUAUUGCCAAGUUGUGACGCUGACGAAGGAUAGUGCAAAAUGUAAUUUAAAGUUUUGUAGCGAGCAAAGUAUCAGGAUGAGACUCAAAAUCCCACUUAUAUUCAUCAUCAUACCUUUGGUGUUAUCUAUGGAAGCUAUUGACGACGAACAUUACCGGACCAAGCGACAACUGAACAGUUUACCCAUCGUAUACCCUUAUGGAGGCACAAUUCGAUUUAUUCUUGGCUUUGUCAUGCCUGUCCCUAACGAGGAUAUGAUCGGCGUCAUCUUCGGAGCGUCAUUCCUGUACCAGUACAACCAGAUUCAGAACAUUUCUGACAUAUCCAAGUACUAUCCUAUAAAGACAAUAUCCCGCGAGCAGCGCGAGGCAGAGUGGGACAGGCGGAGGGACGAGCGACUCACCUUCUACAAGGCUGUCGAGGAACUGCUGAACGUUAAAGGCUUCCACGGUCGCGAGUGCGUGCUGCGAGCCAUCUGCGAGGCGGCGCAGUUCCCUCUCGAACACGAGGCUCUGUUCGGAGAGAUACUGCACAUCAUACUCACACCAACCUACGGGCGCUCCGCAUUCGAAGACGAUGCGAGCUGGUCGUCCAGUAUGGGAGACUACGUGGACGCCUACACCGCCGGCAGACAGAUGUUCAGCUGUCACUACCUCUACAGCGGCUGUCCUGAGGGAGAGGGGCUGCUUGAACUCGUCUCGUUGUUGAAGGAUGAAGAUAACUUUGUUUGAUAAUAAUUGUGCAGCUAUGAUAAGAGAAUACUUCCCCUUAAGUGCAAAUGGCUUAUGUCCUAAUAAUAGAGAUUAAAGAAACUUCCCCUUAAGUGCAAAAGACUUAUAGCCUAUUAAAAUAGUUAUAGAUUUGUUAAGUAAAGAUUGUAAACAUUUAUAUAUAUAAUAUAACUAAAAAAAAAGUUUUAAUGUAUUUGCCCAUUUAAUGCUGCGUACCCCGUAGCCAAACUGUUCGUAGAGUGAGCGGAAAACUAUCAAACUGUUAACACAACUGGGGACGCAGUCUUAAGAAUAUUCCAAACAGUACAGUUUAAAAAUUUAGAUCGAGUGUUCAGGUACGAAGACGCCUGACAAGUGACGAUGUUACAUACUUGCAUAUAUUAUUAUAUCGCUGCAGCCACUAUAAGAUAUAAAGCCACUUCCCCGGUCGCUAUCGGCAACUAACGGGAAAUUUCAUAAAGCGAUGUUGCGUUGAAAAUAAUACACUUCUUAGUAGUAAAUGACUACUUUCGCAUUCUUUGCCUCAAAUGAAGUUUAACGAGUUCUCGAGUGGAGACCAUGAACAGGCAAACGCAGCGUGGCAGCCCUCCUGCCCG